CAUUCAUGGUGACCGGCUGCGGGAGGACCGGCUCUUCCCGGUGGAGCGGUACAGACCCUCCUUAACUCCGCUUCUUCCUUUCUUGUACAGUUUAUCCCGCUUUCCCCCCCCCCUUCCCCCCCCUCCCCCUGGAUUAGGCUGCAAUCAUUCCUUCUCCCCGUGUCUGUGGAGAAACAGGUGAUCCUGGUUAACAGCCAUCGCUUUCUGGAUGCAGUUUCUUCUCCUGCGUUUGAAGGAUGAUGAUACCCGGCAAGACUGAAUCAGCGUAACUUUUACUUUGCAAGAGGAAAAACUUUUCAUUUUCUCUAUUUGAAGGCAUUAAAAACACGUAGCACUUAAAAAAGCAGAAGAAGUUGGUUUUAAAGCUGAACUUCUCUACUUCCCUGGGAUUUUUGUGUGCCAAUUCCAAAGGCUGUGUCUUUUUAUUUUCUUCUUUUCUCCUCUCUUAUCUCCCAAAAGGAAACUGUUGCUAGUUGGAAUAGACUUUUUAAAUGUUUGGGAUUCAAGAUACUUUAGGAAGAGGACCAAUUCUGAAAGAUAAAUCUCUAGGUUCUGAAAUGGAUUCCGUCAGGUCCUGGGUCAGAAACGUUGGGGUUGUGGAUGCAAACGUAGCAGCACAAAGCGGAGUAGCUUUGUCCAGAGCUCACUUUGAAAAGCAGCCACCCUCCAACUUGAGGAAAUCCAAUUUCUUUCACUUUGUUCUGGCUCUCUACGACAGACAGGGGCAGCCCGUGGAAAUAGAGAGGACAGCUUUUGUGGACUUUGUAGAAAAUGAUAAAGAGCAAGGCAAUGAAAAGACAAACAACGGCACACAUUACAAACUCCAGCUCCUCUAUAGCAAUGGUGUCAGGACUGAACAGGAUCUGUACGUUAGACUCAUCGACUCAGUCACUAAGCAGCCCAUAACUUACGAAGGACAGAAUAAGAACCCCGAAAUGUGCAGAGUGUUGCUUACCCACGAGGUCAUGUGCAGUCGGUGCUGCGAGAAGAAAAGUUGUGGCAACAGAAAUGAGACUCCAUCUGACCCCGUGAUCAUCGACAGGUUCUUCCUAAAAUUUUUUCUCAAGUGCAAUCAGAAUUGCUUGAAAACAGCAGGAAACCCAAGAGACAUGAGACGGUUCCAGGUUGUGCUAUCAACAACUGUGAAUGUCGAUGGGCACGUGCUGGCAGUGUCUGACAACAUGUUUGUUCACAACAACUCCAAGCAUGGCCGGAGAGCAAGGAGACUUGACCCUUCAGAAGCCACACCAUGCAUCAAAGCAAUCAGCCCCAGUGAGGGCUGGACUACCGGUGGAGCAAUGGUCAUCAUCAUCGGAGACAACUUCUUUGAUGGGCUGCAAGUUGUGUUUGGGACCAUGCUUGUAUGGAGUGAGCUGAUCACGCCCCAUGCCAUCCGAGUUCAGACGCCUCCACGUCACAUCCCCGGAGUGGUUGAAGUGACAUUAUCAUACAAAUCCAAGCAGUUCUGCAAGGGUGCACCGGGCAGGUUUAUUUACACAGCUUUAAAUGAACCUACCAUAGAUUAUGGUUUCCAAAGACUGCAGAAGGUCAUCCCGAGACAUCCUGGGGACCCCGAAAGACUAGCUAAGGAAAUGCUGUUGAAACGAGCUGCUGACCUAGUUGAAGCACUGUAUGGAACGCCACACAACAACCAGGACAUCAUCCUGAAACGAGCUGCGGACAUCGCAGAGGCUCUGUACAGCGUGCCGCGGAACCCUGCCCAGAUCCCCGCGCUCUCCAGCUCUCCCGCGCACAGCAGUAUGAUGGGAAUUAACUCCUACGGCAGCCAGUUAGGAGUCAGCAUUUCAGAUUCUGCAAUGUGUUCUCUUCCAGGUUACAUUCGCAAUACGAGCAGCAUCUCACCCCGAGGUUACUCCUCCAGUUCCACGCCUCAACAGUCCAAUUACAGCACUUCCAGCAACAGCAUGAACGGCUACAGCAACGUCCCCAUGUCCAACCUGGGCGUCCCCGGCUCGCCCGGCUUCAUCAACGGCUCUCCCACAGGAUCCCCCUAUGGCUUAAUGUCUUCAAGUCCAACAGUUGGCUCCUCCAGCACUUCUUCCAUCCUUCCAUUCUCCUCUUCCGUCUUCCCUGCCGUCAAACAGAAGAGUGCCUUUGCUCCUGUCAUCAGACCCCAAGGGUCUCCUUCUCCCGCCUGCUCUAGUGGCAAUGGAAAUGGGUUUAGAGGUAAGAAAUGUACAAUUAAUAUUCAGCCUGCACAUGUAAAGCACACAGUGUUAGUCUGGGUAAACACAGGAAUCAUCUGAAUACCAUUACAUGGCUAUUACAGGACUGAGUAGUGGAAAUCUGACCCAAUCCAACUGGAUUAAAGCGAUGCUCUGAGCUUUGUCUAUUUGGUUUUAAAACAACAGGGGACAGACACUCAUUUAGACCAAGGAGGAUUUGCCCCGUGCUGCUUUCCAGUCCCAGAUCUUUGGUGAGGAACAACUUCUCCUUAGGCUUUAGGGACUUGUAAAAUGAGUGUCUGCCCUGCAGAGUUACCACACAGCCCUGUAUGUAACAGCCCAUGGCUCGAAACCUGCUGCAAGGUUUAGGCGCAUACCGGGAAUUGAGCCCUGUAGUACAUUUACAGCCUUUUUAAAGGUGAUCUGCAAAACAAAUGUGAGUAUUAAGAUAAGAAUGGAAACCUGUGCUAGAUUAUUUCUUUUAACAGGCUGGGGGGGGGGGGGGUUGCGACACUUAAAUAUGCUCCAAGUCUCCAUAAAAACAGCCUUUAUAGGGCCUGGGAAGUCACCUGGCUCCUUCAGACUUCACUAGAGAUAGCCCAGAAAACACAACUCUGGGAAUUCAGCCAUGCCAAGAGCCAGUGGUAAUUCCAGAACGAGCCCCACAAACUGCACCUGUUGAUUUGGGUGCGUUAUAAAUCCUUAGCUGGGCCCCAGGGAUGCACAGUGUGAUUAUUUGAUACAAUAAGGAAAUUCUAAGUGUAGGGAACAAAAACAAUUACCCUUUUAAAAGCAAGCUUACAGAAGUGUGAAGCAGCUU